GGGAUUGCUCCUCUCUUUUCUUUUUCCUGCCUGUUUUUAGGCAGUGUUAGCAUGCAGACGGGCCAGUGAGAGGUUGGUGAUGAGGGCGAUUUAGCCGCCUGGGGACCGUCGUAGUGGUAGCUCGUUCGAACUAGUUAUGCUCUGCCAUCCAGAUUAUUACGGAUAAGCAAGAGUGCCGAUAAUAAUACUCUGGAUCAAUACGCAGGACGGAGGCAGGUCAAUGGUGUCAUUUAUGGCUAGGAUAGAACCAGUCAAUGAGAGAGUAUCAGGAAAUCCAUGGUUUGCCUCAAUGGGAGAACCAGACCUCUCAACAAUAAUAAAGGAAGGACUCUACCGGCUAUUUAAACCAGCCACUUUCCGCCCUCCUAAGCCUCUUCUUCCUCCCUUCUCCUUCUCCUCUUUCUCACCUUCUCGCUCACCGUCUUCUGCUGCCUUCAAUUCCCUCGGCCAGGCAACAGGCAAGAAAACAGCCUUUCUCCGCCGUAUCGAUAACGACUUACCGCGCGACCGUCUGAUCAAACCCGCAAACUCCAACCAAUUCACCCGCUGCUCUCCCGCUAGCAAACACGAACCCAUCUCCCACGGCCGGCGAACGACAAAAGAAGCAACUUUCCCGCCUCAGCGAAGAGAAAAGAAACAAGGAGAAGAAGCAAGACUGUCUCUCUCCCUCUCUGUCUCUGUCGCUGCGCUGCUCUGCUCUGCUCUGCUUUUCUGUUAUUUUAUCUGUGUUCGUCACAGAAAAAGCAAAGAAAGGAGGCUAAGCCUCUGUAUUGCAAAUACGGCGCCCUUGUAAUUUUGCAAUACGGCGGCCUUCGCCUGCGCUGCGCUGCGCUCCCCACCCAGUCAUCAGUCAUCUUCAUCAAAGGUCACCAGUCACUGGUCACUCGCUGGGUCGACAAAAGUCCCAGCUUAUAAAGUCUCCGUUCUCCGUCUCCCUCGCACCGUCUGCCGCUUAGCCUCCUCUUAUUCUCCUCAGUCUUUCUGUCCCUUCGAAGAGCGAGUGCGCAGGCCCGGACUUUACAGCCAGCUUAUCCCCGUAACGCCCUCGCCACGACCACACGAGACCCGUCCGAAAGGGGACUAGCGCCAUCUGACAAAUCCUCGCCUUCCGUCACUGCCAAGCAAACCUUUUCCAUUGACUUCCACCUGCCCUGGGUCGGGCUGCCGUCCAUCUGACCGUUGGGGGAGGAGAACAUAUAAUAUAAUCUACAUCUCUCUCCAUCACUCGCGCAUCUCUCCUUCGCUCCUCCAUCCACCGUCCUUCAUCCAUCGUCGUCCGCAUCCCAUCAGCUGACAUACCAUCGAAUUUAAACGAGUCGAUUCGUCGUCCAUUCGAACUAGGCAGCAUCACCGUUCAAUCAAAAAACCAUAGUCGAGUACCGCAGGCAGCAACCAAAUCGACGCAUGCAGAACAAGGGCAUGCACAACAUGAAUCGCUUACCCUCUGUCGCCAGCCUGAUGUCUCCUCCAGAGGCAAAGCCCCACGACUCCUUCAGCCGAACCCUCUCUCCCUCCGUCCCACAGCAAUCCUCCUUCGACAGAGAUAACAAACUACCUCCAAUCUCAGACGAUCGCAAAAGAAAGCAGUCCGAGAUGAUGGAUCUGCCAUCGCCACCCGUCACACCUUAUGUCGAGAGCAAGAAGCAGCGAACAAACGAUGAUGAGCCGGUUGAUAGACAGGGUGGCACGGUCGGCAGCAGCAUCAAUAACCGGGAUCCUGUCCUCUUCCCUCGCUCAGACGAGAGUUCUACCGCCAUACCCAAUGAUGAGCCACUCUUCGCUUCAGACGAGGCCACAGUUGCAGAUAUCGACCAGCACAUCGCCGCCAGCUCAUACAAACUCAAGGUCUCCAAGGAAAACCUGCCCAGCCGUCGAGAGUAUCUCUACUUCUGGUCCUGGGUCACCACCCAGUACAAUUCAAACCCAGCAGCAUAUGCCAGGGACGAGCGUGCCCGUUUAGAUCGCCAGAUGUCCGAGAUGAAACAGUAUCGACCCAUUGCACGGCCAUCAACGCAAACGAAACUCAAGACCUUGGCACCUGCUCCUGCAACGAGACGUAGGCCUAGCAGCAGCUCCUCUCCCUCUUCCAACGAGGUAUCCAGGCCUGUUCGUCCACCACGGGCUAGACGCAGCCCCAAGUCGACUCCCAAGACCAAAGCCCGGGACUCAUUCGAUCCUCUGCCCAAGCCAACCCGUGUAAUCGGCGCCAACCGUGAUGAGACAGACUACCGCAUGCUGCCCAACUUCUGUCCACCCAUUGAGACUCUCCGCGGUAACACCAAGGGUCUCAAGGCCGACUGGAAGGGUCAAUUGCUCGAUCUCUCGGCAGACCCAGACCGCGACGCUCUUGAUCCCGCUGAGAUCAGUCUUGCUUCUACUCUACGUCUCUCCUGCGCUAGCUACCUCGCUAGUAAGCGUCGCAUCUUUGAGGCAAGAGUCAACGCUUUGAGAGCCGGCAAAGAGUUCCGCAAAACCGACGCUCAGCAGGCCUGUAAGAUUGACGUUAACAAGGCCAGCAAGCUCUGGACCGCAUACGAGAGAGUUGGGUGGUUGGCCGAAGAGCAUUUCCGCCAGUACGUCUAAGGCGCGCAAUAGCAAUAGCAACAGCAAUGACAUCACGAACUUGGACUUGACUUGCUUGCUACUUUCUUCAGAUUGACCUCUGACUGAUUCGGCCUGUUUAUUUUGCUUCCUAUUCAGCAUUUUGAUCGGUUUUGAGACACGAAAUUGAACACCUCCAAUACCCCCAUUCAUUCAUCGCGCGUUUUUGCUACUUACUAUUUCACGACCCGGCGACGCGCCUUUUAUUGCCCGUUCUUCUCUUCAUCCUGCACUUAUUCACCUUUUAAUACCAGAAUGACUUCCAAUCAUGACCCAACGGCGUUUGGCUUGCUUGUGUUCUCCUUGCUUUUUAUUCGCGGUUGCGCAGGUCGAAGAUGAAGAUGAGAUGUUGCGUUAAAGUUUUUCUCUUUUCUUCUUGACCCGGUGUGCGGCUCUGGGGGGAUGGCCUUAGCUGGACUAACGUUUCCCCGACCCACCUUGCUCCGAUGACCUUAACGGACUGGAACCUUACAUCGACGACGACGACAACUGCCUGCCACUCUUAGUGCGCUCGAGGUUACGCACAACAGCCUCCAAUGUCGAGAUAUCAACGUCGAUGAAACUAGCCACCACACCGGAUCAUUGCUUGUCUCAUCUUCUUCUCAUGACCUCCCUGCUUUUCUUAUCUCCUUGACUGUGAUCCUCAUGUCUGGCCAUUUCAUGGCAGAGCUUUUUCUUUCAACAUCAUGUAGCCAUCUUUCUUUUUGCUUCAGCCGUCGCCUCUACUUCUUUCCAGCACAGCACUUACAGCACAGAAUACCACGUUGCUCCUUGUUUAUAUUUUUCGCGCUUCUUUUAACACACGCAUUGCAAUGGCAAACGGGGAACUAGCAUCAUAUCAUUCUCAUUGGGAGGAAGAUAACGGGAAUCGGAUCGGUGGUCUGGUAUUGGGUGGUUGCUAUCUGUUUUUCUUGCCUUUUCUUUCCCCCUUUGUUUGUCUCUCCCCCUUUUUUGCGUUUUGUUUUAUCAAUUAUCCAUCGAAUUAUCAUCACAUAGCAGGCAAGCAAGACAAGACAAGAAUUACUAUUUCCUUUUCAUUUGACAUAACUUUUCAUAUUUCCUUCUCCUUCCUCUUCAGGUCAUUAUCUAGGGCAUUGCAUUUGUUAACCUGUUUGCUCCAUAUAAUAAUACAAUUCUCCAUACAAUACACACAAUCAAUAAACACAAGCGGCGCAUUCUAGAUUCAAGUAAUCUAUUCACCCUUCUCAACAAUAACAACAAUGGCUAAUCACCGAAGAUUCACCCCAUUUCAUCCCAUUGACAGCCGGGCAUUUUUGGAUAGCCUGUCUUCCUGUUUAGAGUACAUGCGGAGAUACACUUAUUGAUCUGCAAUGCAGAAAAAAUACCACUUGAAAACGGCGACUAAACGGCGCAGCAUAUACCCAUAAACCUACACAGCCUAAUAAGCCACUGACUUUUCCCAUCCUUCCACAGACUCAAUUCUAGCCUCGUCGAAUCGCCUCGUUCUGUCUCGCCUUCAACUUCGCCCUGGAGCAAACCUAUUAAUAGAUAUAACCUCGGGUUUAUAUAAGCAACUCACACACGUAAUCCAAGGCUUAGCAGUGACUGGGCAUCAGGAUGCAAACAGUGCAAACAUGACCGGGUUUGUUCGUCCUUCCCUUUAGUGCGGCCCCUUUGGGAACAAAUCUUUGGAGCGACUGCAAGACGGACGGUU